AUGCGUUACCGAUAUUCUUGCGGUCGUGGCAGUACCUACAGUGCCUUUUCUAUCCUGGCGGCCUUGCUGAUUGCUGGCCAGGCAGUGACUGUCUACUUUGUGUAUCAGCAUAAUGGCCAGAUUUCGAAGCUGACCAAGAACACCCAGGAACUGCAGCUUGACUCACUGGCCAAUAAACUCCCACACAAAUCUAAGGCAGGUAACCAGAUGAAGAUGGGCAUGGUCAACAUGAUGCCGCUGGCUCUGAGAGACCCUGAGUCUUUGCAAGAGGAAGCCAAGCUGACCAACAGCACUGAAGACCAGGUCAAACGUGUGCUCCUGCGUGGAAACCCUUCAAGAAAGUUUCCUGAACUGAAGCAAGACUUCCUGGACAACAUGAAUCAGCUGAGGAGACACCUGGGUUAUGAGGACUGGAAUGCUUUCGAAAACUGGAUGCACAAGUGGCUUCUCUUCCAGUUGGCCCAAACUGAGACUCCCAAAGGCAAAGUUAAAUGCAACUGCCGGGAAGAGGAGUGUGUUGAGGGCGUCCACCCAGGAAAGUUCUGUGCCCGUUGUGAUGAAAAUGGUGACUAUCUGCCCGAGCAAUGCCAUGGCGGCACUGGGUACUGCUGGUGUGUCUACAAAAACGGCACAAUGAUUAAGGGCACUAAAGUCCGUGGAAAUCCGCAUUGCACUGGAAAGCAGAAAACUCCGGAUGCUGAGAAUGUCACCUCCUCCGGGGUGGAGCUCAUGUAGGCAAAUGCUCAAGGUAAUGGAAGAGUCUUGCUGAAGCAGACCAAAGGCCUGUUCUGGGGCAGGCAGGUGCCCGACUCAUGCCUGAGGUUGCUCUGUGUUUUUCCAGUGGGUGGAAGUGAGGUGCGAGCCUCGAGCAGCCUGCCACCUUUACUCACACAAACCUAGAGAUGGGCUUUGGGGGUAAAGAUGGCAGCCAGGGCUCUGCUUUGGGGUGCUCUCCAACCCCUGUGGAAAGGGACAGGCCCACCGCUGGGAGGUGGGAGGCUGAGGCAAGAGGCCUGCCGUAUCGGGGGAAGAGGAAGCAGGAAAGGGCUGUGGAGAGCAAAGGGUGCAGAGGCCUGUGUGGCAAACCCAACAGUGGGCAAAAGUGGGAAUGGCAUGUAUACCUGUGUGUGCGAGAUUAAGUAUUUGGAGAUAGAGAGAUACCUUGAGAUAGAGAGAAAUGAAUCACUGGGGCUCAAAAGAGGGAUUUCAUCUUUUGCUAGUCUCUUACCCACUGCCAGCUUGUAAGUGAUUUGUUAACAUCACUAGCAUGGCUUUCUGUGAUUUUCGUUUGUUUCGCUAACAGCCAUCAUGACAGCCAUUUUAUGAAUAGGCACCCAGCCCAUAGCAGCCAUUUUGUGAUGGUGCCUGUGACAUUUCUUUCACUUGGGGCCAGUGGCCCAGAGGCUGUGAAUGUUCUGGCCAAUAUGCUGCUUCCCACAGGUCAAGCAGAUGUUUCUGGAAAGCCCACAAUCCCCACUUCCUGCCAUUGUUCCCUAGCAACCGCCACUCUGUGGCCCACCUCUUCUGAUCUUGGAGGCUGUAUAUACUCAUUGCGACUAGCAGGCAUGGAUAGACUGCUCCUUCAUGAAAGGGGCUGCACUGGGCCUGGAUGGCCUGGUAGUGCCAUUUAGCUUGUAGAAGAUUUUCAAGUAUCAGUGGUGGAGAAUAUAGCUGGUUGAAGGAUACACAAGCUAUGUGGGGCAUGAAACAUGCUUAUUUUUACUAUAUUUGCUGAAAAUUCACUAUUCUAAUCUUGAAUAUUGUAAUUUUUCCACAUUGGAGGUUC